AUGUUGAAGCGAAGACGUGGUGGGUCCUCCAGAGCGAAAUUCCAGAUUCCCUUGGGUCUUCCAGUAGGAGCUGUGAUCAGCUGUGCUGACAAUACAGGAGCCAAAAAUUUGUAUAUCAUCUCUGUUAAGGGAAUCAAGGGACUUCCUGCUACAGGUGUGAGUAACAUGGUGAUGGCCACGGUUAAGAAAGGCAAAGCAGAACUAAGAAAAAACGUCCAUGUAGCAGUGGUAAUUCGACAAUGAAAGUCAUAUCAAAGAAAAGAUGGGGUGUUUCUUUAUUUUGAAGACAAUGGAGGAGUCGUAGUAAACAAUAAAGGCAAGAUAAAAGAUUCGGCUAUCACAGGUCCAGUUGCAAAGCAAUGUGCAGACUUGCAGACCAGGAUUACGUCCAAUGCAAGCAGGAUUGCAUGA